CUGCAAUAGAAUCCAAGACAUAAUAUAAAUCAGCUACUACCAACACUACUAGAAGUGACAGAAGGUAUGAGUGUCACAAUUGCAAAAGCUCAAAUUGAUCAACAUCCAAUCAAGUCAGAAAACAGCAACCGAGGCCGCCAACCAGAAGAAGUUGUCACAGAUUCAAACAGUGACACACAUAAACAAAAUUUUGAUUUGAAAGUUGAAAAUGGCGUGUUGAAAUACAAACUUCAGAAUGUAUCUGAAAUCCAACAGACCAGCAUGAAGGAUGAGAACAGCACUAAAAUCUGUUUGACUAUAAAGAGCCAGCGAGGAGUUUCUUCACUGGAGAAAAAUGACCCAAAGUCAGUAACCGCUGUACAGAUACAAGAAAAUGUGGUUUCACAUAAGGCAUCAUUAGAGAACUAUGAAGCGAAGUUAUGUGAGGAUCAACGGCCGAGUACAAAGCGCCAACUGUCCACUGAGAGUGCGGCGAAGUCAGUGAAUGUAAGAAAGAGGAGCACUGUGAAAAAGAGCCAAGAAGAGAUUGUGAAACUCUUCUCAGUUGCCAGCAGUGGAACGCAGUCUGGGAGACCUUAUCUACCCGCAGUCUCCUCCUCUCAGAGGAAUCCCAGAAAAUUGCUGUUCUCCAGCACUGAUAUUUUCAGCAAAGUAGACACAUUCUCAAUCCAAAAAGGAAGAGAGUUGAAAGAGAAGGAAGUAUUUGAUGCUCUGAAGAUUGCUCGUGCAGUCACUGAGGGCUGCAGAAAUGAUGUGGAAAAACUCAGGGCCAUAUGGAUCUGGCUGUGUCAUAAUAUUGAGUAUGAUUUGGAGGGAUACCUUGGUUUUUCUCAGAAGAUUUGCUCUUCAGAUGAGGUCAUCAGGACAGGAAAGGGUGUAUGUAGUGGAUACUCUGGACUCUGUGUGGAGAUGUGCAGGGAGGUGGGCAUUGAGUGUGUGGAGGUGAGCGGGUACAGCAAAGGCGUUGGAUACCAGGCCGGGAACAGUUUAGCUGAGAAAUGUUCCGAUCAUGAGUGGAAUGCUGUGUUCGUGGGGGGUCAGUGGUGGCUGCUUGACGCUUGCUGGGGCGCUGGCACUGUGGAUAUGAGACGUAAAACAUUUGUGAAGAGGUAUGAUGACUUUUAUUUCCUGACUGAACCUAGUGAGUUCAUAAACUCACAUUUCCCUGAUGACCAGACCUGGCAACUUCUUACCACUCCCAUCUCCAAAGAAGAGUUUGAAACAAGACCCAUGAAGACCUCAGCAUUUUAUCAGUUUGGAUUGACCCUGACACAACCCAAACAGUACAAAACAAUAACAGACGACGGAGAAGCAAUUGUGUCCGUGAGCUCCUCUAGACUGUUGACCUUUUCGUACGAGAUGAGGCAGCGGGAUCCCCAGACAGGAGCUCUAAAGCAGGAGGAGGUCGACAGCUCCUGCGGUCUCAUGUCAGUGACUCGUCAAGGGAUGAAGUUGCGAUUACUGCCCCCAGAGCCUGGGGCUUAUGAAGUGAAGCUGUUUGCCCGGCGAGAGGGUGAACCUGGGGCUCUGCUGUGGAUUUGCUCUCUUGAACUGGAGUGCCCGAGUAUCCAGAAGAAGCAGGCCCUGCCUAAUAACCCCUACCUGAACUGGGGCCUAGCAGCAGGGGCAUCAGCACUAGGUGUCAGGGGUUGUAGCGUCGUAGGAGAAGAGGCCAUAGAGGUGGGUGAGGGUGGCGAGUGCAAGGUGAUCUUAAACACAUCACGACCUCUGAUGAUGGUGUGCGAGCUCACGCACCAUGAGCUUAACGCCACUGCAGCCAAGCGCUGCCUUGCGUCACAAAUCACAGCAGAGCAGCUGGUGUGUAAUGUCAUGUGCCCGUACAAAGGAUUUUACCGGCUGUCUAUAUUCGUGCAAGAUUAUGAAAGUGGAAGUGGGAAUUUUCAAAAUGCUGGGAACUACCUGCUGCACUGUCAAAACCGAGGGUUGAACCCAAACGCAUUGUAUCCUCCAGACUUGGGUCUGUGGUGUGGUCCUGGGUUGCGUACUCAAGAAGCCGGACUGUCCCAUUUCAGCCACACAGGGGCGAUAGUGAAUGCACCCCAAGGCCGGUGCAACAUUACCUUUCACUGUGCUUCACCAGACCUGCAAAUACACGCGGCCCUCUGCGCUGAGCUGCAUGAGCAGGCUCAUUUUCCUCUGUCCCGAUAUGUACUCUUGACAUUUACAGAUACAAGUAAGGUAACCGUGAGUGUGCAUGUACCCAGAGCAGGAGUCUAUCGUCUUGGUAUUUAUGGACGCAAACCCCCUCAGCAGGACUACAUGUCACUGUGUGACUUUAUAAUCAGGAGUGUGUGUGAAAAGCCUGGUGAUCCGUUUCCAAGUGUGUAUUCAGCAUGGAGGAGAGGGUGUGUGCUGCUGGAGCCCCGCACAGGUGUGCUGGCUCCCCAGAGUUCAGUGAGUUUUCGAGUGCGGGUACCAGGUGUGCAAAGAGUGUGUGUCGUGGGAGAGAAACGGACAGAUCUGAAGAUGAAUAAGAGCAGAGUUUGGGAAGGUGAGGCUGUCACUGGAAAUGCCACACAACUCAAGCUCGCUGCUGUCACUAAAGAAAGCAAUGACAUGCAUGUUCUCAUGACCUUUGAUGUCCUUAACCUGAAGAAUGAACUGUGAACAGAACAAAAUUUUGUCUAGAGGGCAAAAAUUCACACUGCAGUUCAAUGUUUUUACCAACACUGCAAAAGAAAAAAAAAAACUAUUAAUAUUUUUUAUAUAUAUAAAUAUAAUAAUAAUAUAUAAUAUAAUGUGUUCCUGUAGCUCAAUUGGGAGUUCGCUUCCCCGGGAACAUAUGAUAAGUAAAAAUGUAAAGGUUGAAUGUACUGUAAGUCGCUUUGGAUAAAAGCGUCUGCAAAAUGCAUACAUUUAAUUAAAUUACAAUUUUUAAUUUAAAUAUGAAAACAUAUUUAAAGCAAAAUACAUUUACAUAAGAUAAACUUUGUAAAAUAAUUAGAAUACAAAUCUUUCACUAUCUUUCAAUAUGGAUAAUAUCCACUCAUAUUUUUGAAAUAAGCUGUUUCUUAAUGACAUUUAUGUCACUGUAUGUAUGUGUGUGUGUGUACGUGUGUUAUAUUUGCAUGUUGACACAAAGAGUCCGUAUCGUCAGCUGUUCUUAGGAACUGCAAGUAUCAGGGACAUAAAGUGACUACCAGAUUAAA